CCACCCUGCGCCUGUAUCACGACCAUACACCAUGAGUGGUCCGCUGGCAUCUUCGCCGUCGGAAGACGCUGUAUUUCACUCUCCCUCUGCCUCGCCACUCUCGACCUCGACGACGCAAGAGCCGCAAGAGGAAGUGCAGAAGAAGAGGCCUUCACUGUCUGUGCGCCAUGCCCCGACCCCCUCCACGUCUUCUUCGACAAAGGCAGGAUCACGUAACAGCUCAUCGGGACACGCACAUCGACAGUCUUCGAGCGGGAGCGGCCAUCGGUACAAAGAGACACUUGAUGCAACGACGCGGCAUCUCGAGGAUGGAUCGAGGAUUAUCAAUCAAUAUCGACUCCUUGAGGUGAUCGGACAAGGCGCUUAUGGCGUGGUCCACAGGGCCUGCCUCGUCCACGAUCCUUCUGUGGAGUUCGCAAUCAAGGAAUUUGGCAAGACCCGUCUGAGGAAGACACACAGGGCGGCCAAUCUGAGGCGACCGCUAGGAAGAGCCGUCCGCGCUCGCGCUCGUGGUGGCGUUGCAGCGAGAGGAGGAAUGGGCAGGGGUGGUGCCGGCGACGCUGGAGGUGGAGGGGAGGGUCCUAAUCACGGUCAAAUCAUACCAGGCCUCAGUCGCCUGAAUGUGGACGACGAGCGAGGACCCAAGUCCGCUGAUCUCGAGCCAGCAGAGACCGACGACCCGCUGUCGCUCAUCCGGCAUGAGAUUGCCAUUCUCAAGAAGCUUGACCAUCCCCAUGUCGUCCAGCUGUUCGAGGUGCUCGAUGACCCAAGCCGAGACGGCCUCUACAUGGUCUUUGAGUACUGUCCCGAUGGAAGGGUCAUCGAUGUCAAAAUUCACGAACAGGUCGAGCCCCUCAAGGAGCCGGUUGCGAGGGAUUACUUUGUCCAGAUCAUGCUCGGAGUCGAGUACCUGCACUGUAACGACAUUGUCCAUCGCGAUAUCAAGCCUGACAAUAUUCUGCUGCAAGACAAUCGAAAGACGUGCAAGAUUGUCGACUUUGGAGUGUCGGAGAUGUUCACCAAGCCGGGCGACGAUACACUACAGAAGAGCGCAGGGAGCCCGGCCUUCAUGAGCCCCGAGCUAUGUACAGCUAAGCACGGUGACUUUCACGGCAAGUCUGACGAUGUUUGGAGCCUCGGUGUCACGCUCUACUGCAUGGUUGUCGGUCAUCUCCCAUUCGACAAGGGACAAUUUCUCGAACUGUACGAGGCCAUCAAGAGCGAUAAGCCCGACUUCCCCGACCAUCUCUCGUCAUCAUGCGUCGACUUGCUGGAGAAGCUCCUAACCAAAGAUCCGUCGAAGCGGAUCACAAUUGCGGAAAUGAGACACCAUCCUUGGAUCACGGAGGAUGGCAAGGAAGAAGUCUUGAGCAUGGAGGACAAUGCCCAAUCUAUCGUCAGCGAAGUCACCGAGGAAGAUCUGGAUCGAGCCAUCUGCAAAAUUGCCAGCGUCUUCACCCUGGCGAGAGCCAUUUCCAAGUUCAAGCGAGCUGGCUCGCGGGCUUCCUCGGCUGGCAGCGUCACCGAAUUGGCGCAUGCCCUCACACCUACCCAGCCACCGAGCUCGAGCUCUCACAACAAAUCAGCUUCAACAUCUGACUCUUCGUCGCCGGACGACCCGGGUAUCAAAUCUGUGGCAGCUGCACAUGUCGCUGCGGGAGCUCAGACCACCGCCCACGUACUGUCCACAGCCAGCAAAGUCAUUUUUGGAUCAAAUGACGAGCAAGCGCAAGAUAACAGCGAUCAUUCACCGACAGUCCGCUCGCAAGACAAGAACGAAAAAGGAAACGUUGAUGCAGCGGGCGAGUCUGCCAAAGACAUGCCCUUGAUCUCGGAGAGUCCCACAGGAUCGGACGACGAAGAAGGCGGCGGCGGCUCUAAUCUUGCCUCUUCGAUCCUUAAUAAAGUCACCAGUAGCGGAAGAAACAUGCUCGAUACCAAGGCCGAUACCGAAACGACGAUGGCCACAACUGUAGACUCUAGAUCGGGACACUCUAAUGACUCGACGGUGGACAGCGUCAAGGCUUUUGUCGCCAACGCAAGCGAAAAUCUAGGGCUGACAGGCAGCGGUGACGGCGAGAAAAAGGAAGCUGCUAGAGGAGAAAGCGACCCGCAGCCGCCGCUGCCCGCGAGCGAGUUAGGCAGUGGAUCACCCAUCACCAAUUCAGCUGGCGAAAGGAAGAAAAGCAAUGCCCGAGGGGAGACAAAAGUCUUGACACAGGAGCCGACGGUUUCUUCCCCCACCGAGGAAGAUAUCAAGCCACCUGAAGGUGCCUCUGCCGCUUAUUUCGGGCAGAGAGACGAGGAUGUAAGCGUCGCUCGGGGAUCGUGAGAAGAUGGCGCGAGUUUCCUGCCUCGCUCCUUGUAUUUGUAAAUAGCAAUUGCAGCAGCAAGAGUAUCGACUUAUCAGGGCUGGCCCUGGACUACUUGACAGAAGCGAUACUGACAGUAAUUAGGCCGUAUGUGCGACUCGCUCAAAGAGGGCAAUCCGCACACGCUUUGCCCUUUUGGGACAGGUGCUUAUAGAAUCGAUCGACAGAGGGGGCACGUAGAUGACCCAGAGGUAGAGACCCACUUGUACAAGCAGCU